GGAUGUGUUUCUGGACGUCCCGGAGCUCCUCAUCCUGGUGCCUGCAGUGUUGGGCAUGAAAGGGAACCUCGAAAUGACUCUGGCCUCUAGACUUUCUACUGCUGUAAACGCAGGAAAGAUCGAACUUCCAGGUGAAAAGUUGAUGCUGAUCACGGGGAAUCUUGCACUUAAACAGCUGCAGGCCACAAUUCUGGGGCUGCUCGCGUCGCUGAUGGCCGCUUUGCUUGGCUGGAUGGCAGAGGGAAACAUGCCCUUGAACCACGUAGUUAUUUUAUCUUCCACUAGUGUCUCCACUGCGUUUAUAGCGUCUUUGCUGCAAGGUUUGAUUAUGGUUGGAGUGAUCAUUGGCUCAAAGCGGUUGGGACUUAACCCUGAUAAUAUUGCAACACCAAUGGCCGCCAGCUUUGGAGACCUCAUCACUCUGGCUCUGCUGGCCUGUUUCAGCCAGUGGUUCUACACAUUUAUGGAUCGAUCUCCGCUUGUGCUUUUCCUCGUGGACUUCCUAAUCGUCUGCCUCAUUCCCGUUUGGAUCAUCAUCUCCUCCAAGCAUCCGGACACUCUUCUUCUGCUGCGCACAGGCUGGGAACCCAUCAUCACCGCGAUGGUCAUCAGCAGUAUUGGGGGUCUUAUUCUGGACAAAACUGUUGCGGAUCCCAAUUUGGCAGGAAUAAUCGUGUACGUUCCAGUAAUCAAUGGCAUCGGAGGAAACCUGGUCUCCAUCCAGUCCAGUCGCAUCUCUACAAGUUUGCACAUGAAGUACUCACCAGGAGAGGUGCCGGACGAUAGAACUGGCUGCUUUAGUCCCUGUCGGGCUUUUUUUGGCUCAGGUUCAAAUCACCGUUCCGCUCAGGUUUUGCUUUCUCUCGUCGUACCCGGCCAGCUCAUUUUUUUGUUCAGCAUUCACGUGAUGAAAGGGGCGUACACGUUACCCAGUCCCCUGUUUACUUUCCUCUUCUUGUCUGCCUCAGUUAUUCAGGUCGUCCUCCUCCUGUGCAUAGCUGAGUACAUGGUGCACUGUUUAUGGAGAAGGCAGAAGGAUCCUGACAGUUAUUCCAUACCGUACCUCACCGCUCUGGGGGAUCUGCUCGGCACUGGGCUGCUCUCUCUCGCCUUUGUCAUAUUGUGGUGCAGUGGGAAUCCUGGCUCUACCUAAC